AUGAUCGAACAAGAUCUCGGCCUGGACCUGGAGGUGGCCACCUCCCACCAGGGUACAUCGCGGCAGAGGGGCGGGAUCUCCUCCCUCAGGGGUUCCAGACGUACCAUCGUCCUGGUCCGGGGGCUCCGGACUGUGGCGAAACCGUCGUGCACGGCCAUACCACGACCACUGCCGGCUGCAGGCCGAUCUUCGAGGGGGAUCGGCUGUGUUCGGCUCCGAGUCGGGAGCGACCGAAUAAGGACAAUGUCGAAGAAGUGCAAGGUAGAAAUGGUCAAACACGUCACCAAUUUAUCCAACCAGAACUCGGCCGCCGCCGGAUCAGUGGAAGUUAUACAGAACACAAUUAUCUCCAAGCCAGGGCUCGAAUUGUCGGAUAACAAUACCACAGAAGUAACAAUGCUUGAACUGUGCAGACUUGAAGCACCUAUCAAAUCGGAAAAUGACAAAAAGGAAUACUCUGUGAUAAGGUUAGCUAAUGGCCUUACUGCUCUACUGAUAUCUGAUGUUACAAAUAUAAUUGACAUCUCUGAAGAAAUGGAAACGUCAGAAGAUAGUGAAAGUGAAGUUUCUGAUGCCGAGUCCAUGAGCAGCGCAGCCUCCGAAUCAAGUAAGGGAUCUGAAAGUGAUAGGCAUCUUGCUAAAAAAGAAGAAAAACUUGCAGCCUGUUCGCUAACAGUUGGAGUAGGCAGUUUUAGUGAUCCUAAUGACAUACCUGGCCUCGCACAUUUUCUAGAACACAUGGUAUUUAUGGGAAGUACGAAGUUCCCAAAAGAAAAUGAGUUUGACUCCUUUAUCAAAAAGCACGGUGGUUCUGACAAUGCUUCUACAGAAUGUGAGUACACUACCUACUAUUUUGAGUGCCAAGAUAAAUUCAUGCCAAAAGCUCUAGAUAUAUUUUCCCAAUUUUUUAUAUCGCCUCUCAUGAAACGGGAGGCUAUGACCCGCGAAAGAGAAGCAGUAGAAUCAGAGUUUACAAUUGCUUUGCCUUCUGAUGUCUACAGACGGCAGCAAAUGCUAUCGGGUACAGCUACUCCUAAUAAUCCGGGAGGUAAAUUUGUAUGGGGUAAUCUUAAAACUCUUCGCGAUGAUGUAACAGAUGAUUAUCUCUAUGAAUCUGUACACAAAUUUCGGGAAAAACACUAUUCAGCACACAGGAUGACCUUGGCAAUUCAGGCUAGGGUGACUAUAGAAACAUUGGAAAAGUGGGUUGUCAAAUAUUUUUCAGAUAUUCCGUGCAAUAAUUUUGAUCCUAUAAAACUGACAGAACCUCAUGAAAAUUUGUUCGAUAAAAGCAAGUUCAAUAAGAUGUACUUUAUCGAAAGUGUUAAUGAUAAUAUUUUGUUAGAAUUGAAUUGGCAUCUACCAUCGACUAAAAGUUUAUACAAAUACAAACCAGCAAAUGUGUUAUCAUGGGUUAUCGGACACGAAGGAAAGGGCAGUUUGAUUUCAUAUUUGAGAAAGAAAUUGUGGGCAUUAGGACUUUCUGCAGGGCAUAACGAAGACGGUUUAGCUGAUAAUAAUAUUUAUUCGAUAUUUACAAUUAGUAUAAUUCUGACAGAAAAUGGUUUAAAGAACUUGGAGGAGGUACUAAAUGCGACUUUUAGCUAUAUAAAGAUGACACAAAAUCACGGUCCUGAUGAGAGAGCUUUUCUAGAAUUACAAAAAAUUGCUGCAAUAGACUUCAAGUAUGAUGAAGAAACUCCUGCGAUUGAUAAUGUAGAAUUUUUGUCAGACAACAUGCAGCAUUACCCACCACAGGAUUAUAUCAGAGGAGGUGAACUUUUCUUCGAAUACCAACCUACUUUGAUAAGUAAUUUUCUGAACGAACUUACUCCUUCUAAUGUGAAUAUUGUUCUAUCGAAGAAAAAUCACGAUCCUGAAAUUAUUCUUAAUCAAACUGAGCCUUGGUUCAAAACUAGAUAUUGCACUAAAGAUAUACCUUCUCAAUGGAUCGAGAAUUGGCAAAACAUAGAACAAUAUAAUGAGUUUAGGUUCCCUGCUCCUAAUGAAUAUAUUACCUCAGAUUUUACAAUUUUGCAUCAAGGCACUGAAGGUCCUCUUUAUCCGGAAAAAAUUUUCUCAUCUGAUCAAUUGGAUAUUUGGUUUAAACCUGAUAAUAAAUUUAAGCUUCCCCUUGGAUUCAUCGGUUUCCAAAUAGUUAAUAAGAACGUAUUUGAAUCAACAUUAGAUAACACACUUCUGUCAAUGUAUACAACAUUGCUCAAUCAUCUUUUAGUUGAAGAGUUGUAUCCUGCGAACAUGGCACUUCUUGAAUAUAGCGUGUCUACUGUCGACAGAGCUUUAGUAGUAGAAGUUUACGGUUUCAAUGAAAAAUUGGAUAUACUAUUAAAUAAGAUAGCUAAUCAUAUAAAGUCUUUCAAUGCAAAUAUAACCAAUGAUCUUCUACAGGCAUUUAUAGAAACAAACAAAAAAUCUCAUUACAACAAUAAUCUCAAAAUUUCAAAUCUCGCAAGAGAAGUUAGAAUGAGCAUAAUCUUGGACAGGUUUUUCACUUCCGUUGACAAAUACAACACCCUUCCUUGUAUUGACUUGGAUCUUGUCAAGAAAUUCAGUGACAAUUUUUUCAAGAAAGUACACAUACAAUGUUUAGUACAGGGCAACAUACUCAAAGAUAAAGCUUUAGAAAUCUGCCAAGGUUUCGUUAGUCAGUUGGAAACGGGAAAUUUGCCGGUCGAAGAGAGGCCUAAAAUACUAGUUCAUCAGUUGCCGAAUAUUGAAAAAUGCUGUCGACUAAUGUCUUUCAACUUGAGAGAUUCCAACUGCGUAACUACAAAUUAUUAUCAGAUGGGGCCGGGAAGCGUGAAGGAGUACUGUGUGAUAGAUCUGUUGAUGAUGCUGAUGGAAGAGCCGCUCUUCGACCAACUCAGGACUCAAGAACAGCUCGGGUACGACGUCAGUGGUACGAUAAGAGAAUCUUACGGAAUUUUAGGGUUUUCAAUUACAGUUGUCUCUCAAAUAUACAAACAUUCAGUCGAUCACGUAGAAGAGAGGAUAUCAACUUUUCUUAGAGGUUUUCUCGAAUCUCUCAUAAAAAUGCCAAGAAACGAAUUUGACGAAGUCGUUCAAGCUCUAAUAAACAUAAAAAAAUGUUGCGAUUUACAUAUAAAGGAAGAAAUCAAAAGGAAUUGGGCAGAGAUAAAGUGUUUCGAGUACGCCUUCGACCGGCUAGAAAAAGAAAUCAAACUCCUGUCAGAAAUCGAGCCGGAUGAUGUUAUUUCUUUCCUUAAGACUAGAAUAGACGCGAGCGAUCCGAACCACAAGAAGCUUACUAUCCAGGUGGUAGGUUACAACAGCAAAAUGGAGGAAGACAACGAAGUCGAAGAUAACAGCCAGGCAAGUCUUCCUUCGCAUCUGUCCUACAAUCUGAUAAAAGAAGCCCCAAAUAAAGAAGAAAACUACUUCAUUAAUGAUAUUCACAACUUUAAGUCACAGUUAUCUCUUUAUCCCGAAAGUCUGUGGAGUACGGUGGAUAAGAAAGAAGAUCCCAAUCAAACUGUAAGAGUUUUUGACGAAUGGCCAAUUCUGCAUGUUGCAUUGGUCGUAAGAUGGAAUAGUGUGGAUUUUCAUUAA